CAAAAAGAUGUGUAGACAAGUCUUCCUGGCAUGAAGGUUCGUAUUUGCGGAUAACUUCAAGUUUCAGAAAACUAAGAUGGUACUCUAAGAAUCAUGAUAUUGGCCCUGGUGUUGUUCCAACUGUUGACAGUUCAGUAUUAUUUCUCAAAAAUUACGCCCAAAGCAACCCAGAGGAUUAUAAAGUUAAUGCUUUUGACAAAUUUUGUGUUAUGGUUGUUCUCUUUUUAUCGUUGAAGUUAUGCCCAGGCGGCAACUAUUCCUCAAUAUGCCAUGAAUCAGGUUGCUCAGGAUCAAUGGUGUACAAAGAGCAAUAGUUGGAAGCCAGAGCGAGCUGAUUAUUGUGAGGUUUCUCGCAGAGUCAUCCUGAAGUACCAAGGCUAUAAAACUCUUGUAGCUAACAGUAUUGGAUUCCAUAACGAAAAGUUCUUCUUCCUAACCUGAGCUUAUGGCGGUGUGCUUUCAGUGCUAUAUCUAGAAUCAGCUCUGAGAUAUUAUUUGUCAACAAGCCAGUUUGGCCUAUUCGAUAUUAUACAAGCUCACAUAGGUAUACUGAGCAUCUUGCUGAUGAUAUACUACAUCUCUUCACUGACAACAAUGUUCCUUAGAUUUUGGAAUAAUGUCACUGGAAAAGAGAAAGAAAAAGGAUUUCCUAUGAAAUUUCCUGGUUGUCCGAGAAACUUAGAGAAGUUAGAAAAUAUUCAGAAGCACAGGAAUCCUUAUGACAGAUUAUGGCUGACUAAUCUUUGUGAUAUAUUUGGCUCCUCAUUCUGGAUAUGGCCAUUACCAAUCAGACCAUCUCUGUUUGGAAACGGAUUUUGUUACCCCAAAAUCCCAGAACUUAACCUCAGAGAUAUUAUCGAAGCAGAAGAGAGCAACAAAGUUGGCGAAACAAUAGCUGAGAUAGAAGGAGACGAAAGCUACGAUGACUUAAAGGAGUAUUAUGAUGACCUAGGCAUCUUUUAUAGUGGUAAACACCUGUUCUUCUACACCAUGAGAUUUGAUAUGUAA